AUGCAAAUCAGACAAAUUGGCCAAAAGGAGGAAUUCCUUGAUCACGCAGCAAAGUCUAGCUUUGAGUCUAGGAAGAAAGCCGCUGAUGACUAUAACUGGCGCCAUGCUCACUGCAUGAAAUUAGACAAUUACAAGCCAGGAGAAUUUGUCUUAGUCUCUAAUGAGCAUAUAAAGCUCCAACAUGAUAUGAAAGGCCAACCUCGUUGGUUUGGGCCCUACAUUAUAGUCAAGAGACUCCAGAGUGGCACUUUUGUUCUACAAGAACUAGAUGGGGCUGUCUUUAAACGCCCAGUGGCAGGGAAGAGAAUCAAGUCCUACCACUACUGCAAAUCCAAGGAACCUGUCAUCCGCAAGCCUGUUGAAUUACAGGAUGACAAAAUUCUUGAAGAGAGCAAAGCCAACAAUUUAUCAUUGUCUGUUAACCUUAAGCAGCCAGGCCUCCCCAAACCUUGGGAAUUGCGAGGCAAAGCACUUGACAAGUACUGGCAAGAAAAGUACAAGCACAUGCUUCAAAGAGCCACAGAUCCUGAAGUCAAGUUUCCUCCAAGUACAUACAAAGAGGAUCUUGAGAGGAAGGGGAACUCAUCUGCUUCAAAAGUCUACCCAACGGAAAGCCAACCUUAUUCCAGUGGCUACCUUGGGGGGGAAGGGGAAUACAUACCCCAAGAGUCCUACCCAAUCACGGCUGAGACUACCAACUCUACCAGGGCAGAUGCAAAAGGGGAAUUUGGCAAUGCAACUGUAGAAGUUAUUCCACCAGCAGAAACCAAGCAGACUGACAAGCCCGCUGAAGGGGAGAGAGCCUGCAUAACGAUUGAAGCAGCCCUGGAACCAAAUCCCACAAGGGAAGGCAUUGAUGUGGACACCAACUUUGUCUUAGAUUGCGCAAUGGCACACUAUGUAUCAGGAUCGCCAUACCCCUGCCAUGAGCGUCUAUGGGAGACUUCUCCACAAAGUUAUCAUGAUGACAAGUAUGAAGUGCAUGAAGGAGAAGUGGCAGGAAUUCUGCCACCAGAAGAGGCCAAGGUGCAGCCAGAGGAGGCCCUCAUAAACCUUUCCCUCCAUCUCGUUCAAGGAGCUAGUAAGUGUAGAAGAUCUCACUCUCCUUCCCCUAAAUGUUCUAGGAUUGAGGAUGACACUGUCCGAGCAUUACAAGACAAAGUUAAGCAAUUGGAGUCUGUAGUGCACGCCCAGACCAAGUCCCAAGAGGCUGAGUCUAGUUCUAAGCAACAUCACACUGGGUUCAGAGAGGAAGCACCCCUUCAGAAGCCCACAGUCACCAAAAAGCCAUUUAUUGAAGGCUCCCAGCCCUCCCAUAGACAUAACAGCAGAGUCCCCCCUAAACCAUCCACAUACAUGGGGAACAUAGGUAACCUGCCUUGA